CUCCCUCACUAUAUUUUUUUAUCUAAACGUCUCACUGUUGUGAAAAUGUGUUACCCACGGACCUUAUCUAGUUAUCUAAUCAUUAAUUCCAGAAUAAACUAACAAUGAAUGCAGUGUUGCACGGACCUCACUUCCAUUUCAUCAUGCUCCAUAAAACACAAAGUUUGUAGUUACUAUAAAAUUAGCAUUUUCUUUUUUUCUUGCUGGUUGUUCCUAAAUCAUUAAAUAGCGUAAGUGUUUGUAAAGGCUCAAUGGAAUGUUUUUUGAAUGUUUGUCGCACCCAAAGUGUGUAUGUGACUUCUGUUAAAACACAAAGCCAUCGAUCCUUCUUCAUAAUGCCUGCAUUAAGAAAAAAUGCAUGUAGGUGAUGAUUACAGCUGAAGAGCAGGAGCGACAAGUUGGGAUUUAUUUUAACCAGGCAAAGAGGAAGCGAAGCACAACAUUCAAGCUUUAGCAUGUUAGCCGAAGUAAAAAUAUUCCUUAUGCAGCUGCUUACCAGCCACUCUGUUUUUCUUGAUUGAGCCUGUGGUUUAUUAUUUCUUUUAAUGUUAAAUUACCAAAAAUUACAAAAUAAUUUUUUCAAGGAAAAAACAAAAAUCUCAUUCAGACAUGAUCAACAAUCCUUAAAGCAGACACGAUUUCUUCUUUUUUCUCUAAAUUUUGUUCCAUUCUUGAGUAGCAGUCACAGGUUAUGCAAAGUUAUUCUCAAUUUGGUGACUCCUACCUGGCCACCUCUAUCUUAAAAAAAGCACCAGAAGGAGUGCUAAAGGUAGAUUAAUGUGUCUUGUCUCGCUUUAAUAUUGACGAGUGCACCACAACCGUUUUUUUCUUAUCAUUACCACAGUACAAAAGUUUAUAUAAUUUCAUAAUCAAAUUCAUUCGAUUUAAUUCUACAACUUUGACAACUUCAUUAAGUAAAAGUUUGUUUUUUGUAAAAGAAAUACAAGUAUUCUGAGCAAGUAACUGUUAUCUUGACAUCUAGUCAAUCAGAAAGUGACGAGCCAUGAACACAUUAAGAGUAUUAGUUGUUGACUCCUCAGGUGAGUUCAUUAUAAGACGGUUAAAUGUAGAAGUACAAAAGGCUGCCGCACAUCUUUUAUUCAGUUAUGGCCACUAGAUGGCAGCCUUAUACUUGUGUCAAUGAAAAAUCCCAGUCUCAAGUUAAUGAAUGUCCAGUCUGGGCAACUAAACUUGGAAUUUUUCCACUGAUAAAUUUUUACUAUAGGAAUGUAGUACAUGUUGCUUUAGAAGUUGGCCAUACUUGUUUGCUUCAAUAUUUUUCAGCUGACCUGAUUCUUUCACAGAACAGCUGGAAUUAUACUGAGACGAAACUACACACAGACAAGUGUAUAUAUAUAAAAUAAAAUCUGAAAACAAUCGGUGCAAUAAAUUUUGCUUUGGAUUCUAAAAGUAAAAGUGAGCUGAAUUCACACCACAGCUUUCUGAUCCCAAUAAAAUAGAAUAAAUUGUGAUUGUUAAUAGAACAAACUUUUGCUGGCCUGAGGCAAAGAUAUAUAGCUCCAACCACUCUGAACAGCAAUGAAAAAAGAAGGAACAGUAAAUAUGGGUUUCAGACAGUAACCCAUAUUUACAUUUUACAGUAAUUUUUUUUUUUGUCAGUGACACUGACAAUAAAAAAAAUAAAGAAAAGAAGCGCCCCAAAUCAAGGUAAAGUGUUUUUCUCAAUCUACCAUUCAAAUUGACAUUGGAACAAAGGACAGUGAUGCACAUAGAAUCCUAUUGGUUUGUUUCACAAGCUAACUAGUCGUUCAUAAAAGAAAGCCUUUCAGGUGUUUCCCCUCUGCCACACACUUGGUUUGAUUAUGUGGGUGAUUGUCGAGCUUCUGCAGCAUUCGGUGGCAUGCAGAGGAGGUCAUUCAGUCAUUUGAGCUAAGUAUUAUGAAACAAACACAUUAGUAUUCUUUUUUUGUGAACAGUAAAUAGAAAAUAUUGUCCUAUUUCUUUUUUCAAAAUUAAUCCAUUUUAGAAUACAUAGUUUUUUUUUGCUUGUUUGUUUUUUUCUAUUAGGAGCAAAGAGGACAUUAUGACAUUUUAACUACCAAUAAUACAGUAUGCCAUAUUGUACACAGCUUCUCCAUAAAAUCGCCAGAAAAGAGGAAACAUUGCUACAAAAGAGAUACCGAGUGUGCGGAUGGAAAAAGGCAUACAAUUAACCUGAACAUAUGUAGUUGUAUUAGCUUUUUGGAAUCCAUGUCAUACUUCCUGUCAGAAACAGUUUGAUUCACCCAAACGUCCUUUGUUUUUUAUUAAAGUUUUAACAGAGAUGACUAGAAUUCUUUCAACAUAUUUUUAGGAAUUCAAAUUUGUACAGACUUUUCAUUUGGCUGAAUGCCACAUAUGUGUUUAUUAAAGACUAACAAAAGGUGCACUGAGUUAAGUGCAAAGUCUGUCUCCCUUGUUGCAACAAGCCACACCCCUCCCCUGUGAGAUGAUACCAAACCUGCUCUCUGAACGCUCAGCACUAAAUGAUCUAAACCUGUUCCAAAGUCCAACGGUUCCAGAUAGUCUGUCAUUAUUUUAAAGCGUUGCACCUGGAAGGAUGUCCCCUCACAUCAGGUAAGUUCAAUGAAAUUUAUAGACAUCUUUCAAGUAAACUGAGAUGUAUUACUUUGUAAAAUGUUAGGAAAAAAAGACUUAUUUUUAAGUUUGUAGUCCUUUGUCCUCUCUCAAACUAUCUUUAAAAAUUCACUUGUUUUUCACCUCAUUCUGAUGUGGUUUUUUUCAUUACUCAGGAUGUGGUUUCAGUUUAAAAUGUUGAUUGUCCUGCUGGCUGUCACAACAAUCGGCGUGUUUUUGACGGCAAGUAACACAGGCUGGAUUGAGCUUAAAAUGUCAGGCUCGUGUUGGUGUGAGAAAUGUUUUUCAGAAGAAAACGUGUUUCUUAAUCAGCACCUGAACCGCUCCAUUGAACCCUUUCUGUCGGCAACGACCAGCCUCACUGAAGAUGAAUACGACUGGUGGCGGCACUUACAGAGCAACAGACACAACUUCAGCUACUUUAAAGAAACUAUUGACAAACUGUUCAAGAUAAUCUCACCCACUCCUGUUCUUGAAAAACCCAAAACUGAAGGAUGCAGGACAUGUGCAGUUGUUGGAAAUUCAGUGAACUUGAAAGGGUCACAUUAUGGACCCUUGAUAGAUUUCCAAGAUAUUGUUAUAAGAAUCAACCGCGGUCCAACCAAAGGCUUUGAGGAAGACGUGGGGGCGAGAACAACUCAUCGUGUCAUGUAUCCAGAGAGUGGCUCGAUUUUAGAUAACUCUACUCAUCUUGUAAUGUUUAUUUUCAAGAUAAGAGACCUCGAGUGGCUCCUCAGGUCCUUUCCAACAAGAACUUCUGGAAAGCCAGUAAAAUCCAGAGCUAACAAAAAUAUGGUGAUGGUGCUCAAUCCAGCUUUUAUGAAGUACGUUCAUCAGAAGUGGCUGGGGAAGAAAGGAAAGUACCCGUCCACCGGCUUUAUGACCUUAAUAUCUGCACUUCACAUUUGUGAUGAGGUUCAUGCGUUUGGUUUUGGAGCUGACAGCAACGGAAGCUGGAGCCAUUACUGGCAACCAAUGAAAAGCAAAAAGUUUAAAACUGGACCUCAUCCCGGAAAACAGGAAUAUGCAGCAAUAGACAAGUUGGCCGAUGAAAACACAAUCUACUUUUAUAAAGGAAAUUGAAUAUUGCCAGAAAUGUGAAGCUUAGGUUGUUUUUUUUAUUUUAGUCAUCUCCCAAAAAGUUGGGGAAAAAAGAAGAAGGGAAUAAACUGGACCUUGAACCUCGCACGUUAAGGCCUAAGUUUCAGCUAUAUAGGAAAAUAGAAUACAAACACUUUACAACUGCUAUGAAAGUGGCAGUGAUCUGAACACACAACUUUAUUGGCAUAAUUUGCAUGGCGGGUGUGUGCUACCCUUCAAAGGGUAGCACAAUAAUUGUUAUUAUUAUUUUUCACAUCAGCUAGCCUGUGGCUACAAAUGCUUGUUCUGAAAUAACGAGUGUACUUGUACAAGUGUAGAAUUUAUUCUUAUUUUUGACUGGAGUGGAUAUGUCUUCUUGACACUUUUUAUUUAUUAUUUAUCAAGUCAUUGUGGCACAUGGAAUAUGAAGUAUUUAAACUGAGUGGGAUUUUUAUAAAAAUUUUUAUUUUUAUUUUCAGGGGUUUUUUUAUGUUAAGCUCAAAGUGGACAUUUCAUGCUUUUUAAUCCCUCCUUUUCACACAUAAACCAUUCACUUAUGUUCUCUAUGAAGUAGAACUGCAAUGCUUUGGUCUGAAGUCCUGGUUGUCUUAUCUCCACAGACCUUUGGUUUACCUAUGAGGCACGUUUUAGAGCAACUUGUCUUGGAGCAACUCGUUUUAGAGGAACUCGUUUUGAUGCAGUAUUUUUGACCCUCCAGGUCACAAAGAACUCCACUUGUUUCUGUUUGGCCAUUUUUAUAGGUUUAUAGCAGCUAUACCAAUUAUCUACCAGCAGAGAAACUUUUUAUUCCCAAGUUCAUUAAAGAUGUCGACAACAGAAGGCUUGUCCAUCCAACCUUACAUGUUGGAGCCAGAGUAGGAGAUGGAAGACGCACAACCUGCCGAUCCACGCAUUCAAAUGAAUUCAUCGCAAUGGUGUCUUUACUGUAUUAACUCAUUCUCCAUCCAUACCAACUACCUACAAAAAGGACUGUCGUUUAACUACAGUGUCCAUGCAUGUCAGAUUACCUAUUAAAAUAUUAAUAGCACCACAAUAUGAUGCAACAGGAUGAUGUAAGGAAUCCUGUGCAUUAACGUACAUUAGACCUGAACAUUUUGACUUAUUUACUUGGAAUUUCAGCACAACUGAGCUUGGACUAUGAAAUUGCUGCGAAGGGAAAAAAUGGCAGAUAAGCCAGUAGUCGGGACCUUGUUUUGCAGCUCCACAACAAAUGCAGAGACAACGUGAACAAGAAGGCAUAACAAAUAGAGAAAAAUGAACAGAUUGAAAAAUACAUCCCAAAAAGAAUUUAAAGAUAUCCACACAGCACUGGGAGAGAAUGAAUUAAAAAAUGUUUGCACUUCUAAACAAAGUACACAAUAAGACAAAUUUAAGGGCUAAAAAAGUGGGUUUUGCAUGAUAUGUCCACUUUAAGACAAAAUGGUGAUGCUGCUGGUUUACAACUGAUAAUGACACUGGUGUGCUUUGAAGUAUUAUCCAGCUGCAUGAUCCAAGAGUAUUUGGCCUUAAAGCUGCAGUAUGUAACUUUCACAAACAUGUGUUUUUUCAUAUUAAAACAGUCGUGACUGAAUGGCACGAGACAGAUCGUCUGUGGGGAGGAAAAACAUUGAGCUCCUCCAGCACCUCCUAAUUCGACUUCUGCCGUCUGAAGAAAUGCAUCGCUCGGGGUCAAAAACAACCAAUCAGAGAAAGGAGGCGGGUCUUAGCGGUGUCAGUCAUCCUUCAGUAUGCUACUCAAUGUGUUAAUGAUGGAAAAACUUCUUACAGUUAAAGGAAAACCGUAACUAGCCUUAGCCUUUGUGGCUAACUAGCCUUAGUGUUUGUGGCAAGCUAUGCAGUGGUGAGCUAACUGUAGCUUAGCAAAGAGGAAGUGGGAAGGCGUGAGCAUGAGAGUGAUUGACGGCGCUAAAACCCUCCUCCUGCCUCUGAUUGGUUGUUUCUGACUGAGUGGUGCAGUUAGUACCGGGAGCACGGGGAGAAGGCGGAAUAGCUCAAUUUUUUCACAGAUUAUCUUUAUUAUACUGUCUUUUUCUGAAUCAUGAAUGCUGAUUUUAACUAA